GCUUGUACAAUUUUUGAUGGGAUUAGGAGAGAAUUACGAUCAUGUUCGUAAUCAGAUUCUUAUUCAAGAUCCAUUACCGAAUGUUAACAAAGCCUAUUCUAUGACUUUGAGUGUUGAAAUACAACGAGAAGUUCAUGGUUCCAUGACACAGGUGAAUGAGAAUGUUGCUAUGGUGGCUAAAAGUGAUUUUGGGAAGAAGGAUGCUAGAAGUAGUAAGACUCGUAAAGGAGAUAAGAAGGAUGAUAGAUUCUGCAACUAUUGCAAUAAAAGUGGACAUGUAAGGGAAACUUGCUUCAAAUUGAAUGGAUAUCCAGAUUGGUUUCAAGAUUUCAAACAAAAAAAAUUUGGAAAAGGGCAAGCUCAUAUGACUCUUCAAGACACUCCAUUAGAUGUGCCAACAAUAGAAUGGGGAAAGGAGUUUUCUACUGCUGUGCAUAAUGAAGUCGCAAAGUAUAUGAAAGGCAAGAUGAAUGUUGAAGAUGUUACCCAGAAUUGUUCUGGAUAUGCAGGACCGAUGGACUAAGAAAGUUGUAGCUGUUGGGAGACUGAUAGGAGGAUUAUAUAGGUUGGACAAGUCUUCUUUUCAACUACCAAACACUCAUACUGAUUCAAACUUUUCUAUACCUACUACCUGUACUGAGCAAAGUUGCAAUAAAACAAACACAUUUUGUUUUGAUAUAAAUAAAGUCUCUCCUGUUCAUGGCCAAUUAUGGCACAACAGAUUGGGUCAUGCCUCACGUGAUACAAUCUCUCACAUUUCCCAACUUUCACAUGCAACACAAGUCA